AUCUGGGCCAAAAACACCCGGAAAGACAGAGAUCUGCAUGAAAUCAGAGGUGGCGAACUGAUAGAAAAAAAAAUAAUGAUGAAUGAACUGAAGUACAAACGGAGCAGCUGCAAAAACAAAGAAAUCGAGGGCAGACUGCUAUAAUUUCUACUUUUCUUUUAAUCUUGUUAAAUUAUUUAGAAACACACACAAAACUAUGACAACAAAUUCCUACCACGUCACACGUGAAUAUUUGGCAACACACACUGGACACAAUACCUUAGGAACAUACAUGACAGUCAAACAAUGUUAAUGACAACAGCAACUAUUGACUUGACUGGAAAGAAAAAUGUCGAAUGUGUUUAUAUUAAGUUGACGUCACUCCUACAGUGAAUUUGGCGAAUAUUCUAAGGACAAUUCUGCUGUGUACUUUUAAGUUGUAAGUUCUAUUAUUUGUAUUUGUUUUAUAGUUUUGUGGACAUUACAGUUCAGAAGUGAACAUAUGUAUAAACUAAAACAUAUACAUUUGUUAAAUAUGACGACAUGAACAUAUACGUCAGUUUAAUCCUGGUACAAGUGUUGCACCGACUGUAUUCAUCCACUCUGCCUGGAAGUAGACCCUGGGUUUACGUUGACGUCUGAACGGGGAGGAGCCAAGAGAGCCACUGUACUGACACGUAAGUCUCCAGCGUAAUUUCUAAGGAAGAAGAUACAUCUUUUCCUUUGCUGGAAACUGUCCGCUUCUCUCUCGUUUGAUGAAAAACGCCGUCUCGCACCAUAGGCUUCUUCUUCUUCUAAGUCUGUAGAAACGACGCAUGACUGUGAAGGAGAGGAGUCGACGCACAGGAUGAGAUUCUCUGCCCUUCUGUCUGCCCUGCGGUCGGUCGGCCCGGUGGUCAUCGGCAUUUCUUUAGGCUUCACUUUGAGUUUGUUGAGUGUAAACUGGACAGAAGAAGCAUGUUAUCUAGACACGAAGGAGGUCGAAGACGUGACUUUAAGUCAGGAUGGACUGCUUAAAGGAGCCCGGAAGCCCAACUCAAUUUCUGCCAUCAGCGAAACGGAGUCUGAGGAGGAUUUUGAACCAAGAAUAGUCCCGUACAAACCGGUCCAACAGAGUAACCCCAAGAAAGUUUUCAGGGCCCGGUACAUAAGCACAGAGUUGGGGAUGAGAGAGCGUCUACUGGUUGGGGUCCUGACGUCCAAAAACACAAUAGGCACCAUGGGAGUAGCUGUCAAUCGCACAAUUAGCCAUCACCUGGACUCUGUGGUCUUCUUUACUGGCACGCACAACCGCAAAGUGCCACAUGGCAUGUUUGUGGUUUCUCAUGGAGACGAGAGACUGAUUUGGAACAUGUUCCAGACCAUAAAAUACAUCCUAGAACAUUACAUCAACGAAUACGACUGGUUUUACUUUGCUCAAGAUGACACAUACACAGAGGCAGACAGGAUCAAAACCCUGGUGAGUCACCUGAGCAUGGACCGAGAGCUGUACCUGGGCAGUCCUGAGGAGUUCAUAGGAGGAGAGAUGGAAGGGAAGUACUGCUACGGAGGAUUUGGAUACCUGCUGUCUCGUACUCUGCUCCUGCGACUCCAACCCUUCAUAGAAAACUGUCGGAAUGACAUCCUGAGUGCCAGGCCUGACGAGUGGCUUGGGAGAUGCAUCAUUGAUUAUACCAACACAAACUGUGUUAGUGAACACGAGGGCAUUCAGUACCACCGCUACCAGUUGGUGAAAAACUCUGAUCCAAGUAAAGAGCAGAGUGAACAUUUGAAGACGGCUCUGACUGUCCAUCCAGUUUCUGAUCCUGAACAGAUGUACCGGCUUCAUCGGUUCUUCACUGAGAUUGAGCUCCAGAAGACUUAUGAAGAGAUCUCCAAGCUGCAGGCUGAAAUAAAGAACGUGAGUGUGGUGGCUUUUGAGGGAAACCGAAGUGCCCAUUGGCCAGUGGGAGUCAACCCACCCUUUGAGCCUCAAUCACGGUUUGAAGUCCUGAAGUGGGAAUACUUCACCGAGGAAGAGAUUUACUCCUGCAUUGAUGGUAAUCCCAAGUGUGAGCUCCAGGGUGUUGACCGCAUGGAUGUGGCCGAUGUCAUUGAUGCCGCCAUCGGAGAGCUGAACAGGAAGUACGAGCCUGUCCUCCACCUGAAGAAGCAGCAGCUAAUUAAUGGUUACAGACGCUUUGACCCCAUCAGGGGCAUGGAGUACACGCUGGACCUUCAGCUGGAGGUGGUUAACCAGAAGGGUCACAGCCGUUCCAUCACCAAGAGGGUUCACCUGGUGCGACCUUUGAGCCAGAUUGAAGUCAUUCCCAUGCCCUAUGUGACUGAAGCGACGAGGGUCCAUGUCAUUAUACCGCUGACACGGGAGGACCGGCCCUAUGUUGACCGUUUCUUUGAAGUGUUUGCCUCAAACGCCUUUGAGACGAGUGAGAACGCUAUCCUUACGUUCUUAUUUAUUUACGACCCAGUGGAGGCUCAACAGGUGAGUCAGAAUGACAUCUUUGCCAGUGUGAAAACCCAGAUCAGUGCUUAUGAACACAAGUACCCCACAGUGAAAAUCCCAUGGAUAAGUGUGAAGACAGAAACACCGUCCCAGAUCAAGUUCAUGGACAUCAUGUCAAAGAAACACCCGGUGGACACGCUGUUCUUCUUGGCCAGCGUCAACACAUACGUCAACACUCAGUUCCUCAACCGCUGCAGAAUGAACUCCAUUAACAACUGGCAGGUGUUCUUCCCCGUCCACUUCCAGGAUUACAACCCUGAGGUGGCCUACCAUAACCAGCAGCAGCCAGCCACCAUUGACCAGGUGAAAGACGCCGGACACUUUGACCGCAGAUCCUUGGACGAGUCAUGUUUUUACAACUCCGACUACAUGGCCACGCGAACACGAAUGAUGGCCGACGUCCAAGAGAAUGAGGACCUAGUAGAGACCAUGGACAUCUAUGACAUGUUUGUCAAGUACUCCGGUCUGCACGUGUUCAGGGCAGUGGAGCCGGCGCUGCAUCAGCGGUACCGAUAUCAGGCGUGUAACCCUCGACUGAGCGAAGACAUUUUCCACAGAUGUGUUCAGAGUAACCUAGAAGGUCUGGGCUCGCGCUCCCAGCUGGCAAUGCUGCUGUUUGAGCCAGAACAAGGGAACAGCACCUGAACACACCAGUGACAUCACCGCUGUGUCAUGUGAUAACAUGUUGUGGAGUGAACAAGGGAACUGCAGGAAAUCAUGUCAACCAUCGAUGCUCCUCACAUGUAGACGAGACCCUGAUGUCGGCCAUCUUUGGUCUACGUCAUGACCUGUGACCUUGAUUUAGUUUGGAAAAGAAAAUGCAGUAAAUUCAUAUUGAAACCUUUACGUAAACGUUUACAAAACUCAACAGAUGAGUACCUUCAACCAAAAGCUUUUGCUACUCCAUUAUUUUCUGGAUUGCGUUGGGCAGAUUUUGACCACUAGAGGUCAGGUACUGAGGGCUCUCCCUCUUGUUAUGGCCUGGGAUCUAACAGUGCUAAACAUGAGGUUGUCUUCUUUUCCACGUGUCCAGAGAAAUUCCUAUAAUUACAGGGAUGUUUUUUUUAGUUUGUUCCCACAGGCACUGGGAAAUUUACUGUAACUGCAACACUGACUUGGCUAAGCUAACACAGACAGUACAGUCAACAUUUGAAAACAUUAGCAACAAAUGUGUUCUUUUUGGGAUCAGAAGCACAAGAACAUUAGACAUUCUGUUGUCUUCAGUCUCCCACCAGAGAAACUGAUAUUUUUAAUGUAGUUUGUUAAACACUAGUACAUUCUGUUGGUCCUUUAUUAGCAGACAUUUUAACAUUGUCAAGAAAAGUUUCCCAGGACACAUCUGUGUGACUGUGAGUCAGUGUACACACACACACACACACACACACAAUCCCACAGACGUGGCGCUGAGGGUGCUGAAAAAAAAAGAAGCAAGAAAUCCCUUCGAUUAUUUUUUACACGAGAGGUUUUUAUACUGUGACAUUUAAAAUGUCUGCUGUGAGGAAACAGCUGCAACACAACAUGUCUGCCCUUUACAUGAGGGUUUCUAUUAUCACUGAGCUGUGUGCGUGUGUGUGUGUGUGUGUGUGUUUACAUAGCACAUCUAGGUACACUGUAUGUGCCUUGACACUGACUCUUCAUAUGCUGGUCGUUCUGAACUUAUCUCAACAAAAUCCUUCAGAUGCUGCACAUGUGAAAACAUUUCUGUUCACUGAGGUCGGCGGUGACACAGGCUCUGAUCUGUUACACACUUAAUACUUACGUUACAUUUGGAAACAUUGUGAUCCAGAGCUUCCACAGACUCAUAAUGAUGAGGUCACCCAGGUCAGACAGCUGUGUUAUGUCACAAAUUUAAUAUUGAGGAAAAUUGGUUCUUAGUGAAAGGUUUGAAGUGAAAGACCAGGUGUUUAACUGACUUUUUAAAAAAACCCUCAGACGAUGGUACAAAACGAAGGUGAAUGAGUUUAGGAAUGUAGGAAAUGUUUUUCCCAUGUCACCAAGAGAAUCUUAUUUUCUGGACUCCACGUUUCAUCAGACUAUUAGUUGCAGCUGUCAAAAAAUGUAUAGUUAACAGAAACAUAAUAUAUUUAAGUCGCACUGUUCUAAAAUAGUGUGAUUUCUUCUAAACAAUUCCUCCAAAUCCA